AUGAUGGCUUCCGCCAACACUCUCCGAUGCCUCAUUAGGCCUACCAUUCCUCGGGCUCCUCGAAUCCAACCUGUUUUGCUCGCUCCAUUCUCGACCACGAGCUCUGCAUUGGCCGUAUCAGCUCCCCCGCCCAUUAAGAGCCGAAGAGAUCUCCCUCAGAAGGUUAAGAAGUCAUACAAGAAGCGUGCCAAUGUGGCACCUGUCCGAAAACCUCAGCCUGGCGAGCGCAAGGCCUUCCGAAAGCGCAUCCAGCUCAGCAACAACAGCGCACUACCCGUUCAAGGCCUCGAAACCCUGGACGCUACCAACAUGACUGAGGACUCGAGCUCCGGAAAGGUGUUUGCUGUGCCUGAUCAAGUGGUGGAUCAUCUCCGUGCCCUCGACGCUUUUAAGACAACACAGACAUGGAAUUUGUUCCGAAAACCCCAUGUGCUGAUGCGUAAGGAGACGGUGGAGUUGAUGAAGAAGCUCGAGCUGUCGACCAAGGAGAAGAAGGCCCUAAAGUGUGUGUUAACAGGUAGCAAGCUAUCUGGAAAGAGCAUGGCCAUGCUUCAGGCUAUGUCUUACGCUCUUCUCAAUAACUGGGUGGUCUUCCAUAUUCCUGAAGGCCAAGAUCUAACCAACGGUAACACUGAGUACUCUCCUAUUCCCGAUACUGAGCCACCGCAGUUCUCUCAGCCCAUUUACUGCCUCAAGGCGAUACAGAGCCUUUACAGAGCCAACCGUGUCGUUCUUGAGAAACUCAACAUUGAGCAAGACUGGUCCAAAUUCACCAACCUCAAGAAGGGUGCUACCCUUGCCGACUUGGCCCUCAGCGCAAAGGAAGCUGAAUACGCCUGGCCAACCCUCUUGGCCCUCUGGACAGAGCUGACUCUGCCCGGCCGACCCCCUGUGCUUUUUGCCCUCGAUGGUCUUGCCCACAUCAACAAGAUCAGCGACUACCGAGACACUGCCUUCAACCAGGUCCAUGCCCAUGAGUUGACUCUGGUACGUCUCUUCGUCGAUGCUUUAUCCGGCAAGGCUCCCCUACCUAAUGGUGGCGCCGUUAUCGCCGCCACCUCUGAAAACAAUACCCACCACCAUCCAUCACAAGAGCUUGUUCUGUCCCAGCUUGAGGCUGGCCAGGCCGGUCUCGAGAUACCCAAGCCUGACCCUUAUGAGCGCAAGUAUGAUGAACGUGUAUACGAGGCUCUCAAGAACAGCUGGGUUCUCCGUCUGGAAGGUAUUAGCAAGGAUGAGGCCCGCUCUCUGAUGGAGUAUUGGGGCGCCAGUGGACUCUUCCGCCAUGUGCUUAACUCAAGGACCGUCUCUGAAAAGUGGACGGUUGGAGGCCAUGGCAAUGUUGGUGAGAUGGAGCGUGCGUCACUGAUGCAAAUGAGACUGUAA